GAAGGUGCACUUGGGAAGCUCAGAGGAAAAUCAGGCAGUGAUGGGCAAUGCUCAUUUAAGUGCCUCCAAUUCUUCCCUGGGUCUAAUGAAUGUUAUAACAAUAGAAGAUUAUAAGAACAGAUAUUGGCCAAAGUUGGACAGUGCCAUAGAUCAGCUUUUAACUCAGAGUCCUGGUGACUACAUCCCUAUCUCCUAUGAACAAAUAUACAGUUGUGUGUAUAAGUGUGUAUGCCAGCAGCAUUCGGAACAGAUGUAUAGUGACCUAAUAAAAAAGAUAACUAACCACUUAGAGAGAGUCUCAAAGGAGCUGCAGGCCAGCCCUCCAGAUCUCUAUAUUGAAAGAUUUAACGUAGCUCUUGGACAGUAUAUGGGAGCAUUGCAGAGCAUUGUGCCUCUUUUCAUAUAUAUGAAUAAAUUUUACAUAGAAACCAAGCUUAACAGAAACUUAAAAGAUGACCUUAUAAAGCUGUUUACGGAACACGUUGCAGAGAAGCACAUUUACAACCUGAUGCCUUUACUUUUGGAAGCUCAGUCAACGCCGUUUCAAAUAACUCCUUCAACCAUGGCAAAUAUUGUGAAAGGCUUGUAUACACUACGACCAGAAUGGGUACAGAUGGCACCAGCUUUAUUUUCUAAAUUCAUCCCAAAUAUUCUGCCCCCUGCUGUGGAAUCUGAGCUUCAGGAAUAUGCUGCUCAAGACCAGAAGCUUCAAAGAGAGCUUAUGCAGAAUGGAUUUACUAGAGGUGACCAGUCACGCAAGAGAGCUGGAGAAGAGUUAACUUACAAUGGCUCAUCAGCUUGUGCAAGCUCCAGGGGGUACAGAUAGUGAAUAUCCUGGAUCAGCUUCUGUCCCUAGCCAGAACAGACACUGGAGGAGCACAGGUGGUAUCCGGAGCCUCCUUUGGCAACUGCUGAUACUUGAGCUCUGACACGAACUAUGAGUCAAAGAAGAGUUUGGGGCUUUCUUCUUUAUAUAAUAUGUCAGUUGCUGCUACAAUUGGGAUGACUUUGAAAGACAUGAUUCCUUGGUCUAGCCUAUCAACAAGUUCAUCUUAUGUGACUUUUGUGAGGAAUGCACCUUGAAAAACAAUCCUUUCAAAGUGGAAAUGGGCAGCCAAAAUCAGCAGCUUCCAAAAGCAUUAGAAUGGAAGAACCUUUUUUGCACUCUUUUCUUAAUAUUAAGGACAUUCUUAAAACUAGUUAACACGUCAGUGUAUUAGUUUUUAAACUUCAAGGUAUUUUCUGGAGCUUUUACUUAAUAUGAAUAAAGUUUCAUUAUUUUGCA